AUGCCCGAGUCUUCGAAGAUGAGGAAGCCCGACGUGAAGGUGGUGCUUUUGGGCGACAUGAACGUGGGCAAGACGUCUCUUCUCCACAGGUACACGGAGAGGAAGUUUAAAGACACGGUCAGCACCGUCGGAGGGGCAUUCUUCCUCAAACAGUGGGGACCCUACAACGUGUCCAUAUGGGACACUGCCGGCCGGGAACAGUUCCACGGCCUGGGCUCCAUGUACUGUAGAGGCGCGGCAGCAGUCAUCCUCACCUACGAUGUCACCAACUGGCACAGCCUGGCCGAACUAGAGGAGCGCUUCCUGUCGUUGACGGACACCGCCAACCCCGACUGUAUUUACGCCGUGGUGGGCAACAAGGCCGACCUGACGGACACUGACGCCCGACUGCCUCCUGACAUGAGGGAAAAGGACCAAACAGAAUCAGAGGAUGUGCCGUCGGCUUGCCCAAGUUCGCCCGCCUCGCCCGUGUACGUCCCUGCCGUCACCUUCCCAAAACAAGUCACUCGCGAGGACGCCUUGGCAUUUUACGGGCGCAUCCUUCGCUACAAGGGCUCGGACGAGAGGACCAGCCUGCCGGCGGAGAAGAUGUGCUUCGAGACCAGCGCAAAAACCGGCUACAACGUGGAUGCUCUGUUCGAGGCGCUUUUUGAUUUUGUGCUACCUUCAAUUUUGAGGAAAAGGAAUGAGGAAUUGGAGUCCGCCACUGUGGAUUUGGAAGUUUGCAGGGGGAGCGGCAGCAAGCGGGUACGGUCGCGCUGCUGCUAG